CCUGCACCAUGAGUAUCUCUGUGCUGAGUGUCAUCAAUCCCCUGAGCGGUGUCCCUGGGCUCCUGAAAGUGGCCUCCGUGCUAGGGCUGGUUCUGCUGCUGCUCAAGGCAGCACAGCUAUACCUGCACAGGCAGUGGCUGCUCAGAGCAGUCCAGGAGUUCCCGUCCUCUCCUUCCCACUGGCUCUUCGGGCACAGGCAUGAGUUGCAAAAAGAAGAGCACCUGCAACUGCUACUGAAAUGGGUAGAGAAAUUUCCAUGUGCCUGUCCUCGCUGGCUAUGGGGCACAGAAAUGGAGGUGGUGAUCUACGACCCUGACUACAUGAAGCUGAUCCUGGCACGAUCUGACCCAAAGUCUGAUGAUUCCUACAGAUUCCUAGCUCCCUGGCUAGGGUAUGGUUUGCUCCUGUUGAAUGGGCAGACGUGGUUCCAGCACCGGAGAAUGCUGACCCCAGCCUUCCACUAUGACAUCCUGAAGCCCUAUGUGGGGCUCAUGGCCGACUCUGUCCAAGUGAUGCUGGACAAAUGGGAGGAGCUCCUCAGCCAGAACUCAUCUCUGGAGAUCUUUGGACACAUCUCCUUGAUGACGUUGGACACCAUUAUGAAGUGUGCCUUCAGUGACCAGGCCAACCACCAGACAGAAAGACCGAGUGAUCAAGCUGAGGAAGGCUCAGCUGCAGGAGGAGGGAAACCUGGAGAAGGUCAGGAGCAAGAGGCACUUGGACUUCCUAGACAUCCUCCUCUUUGCCCAAAAUUCCCUGGCUGCCAGGGCCUUGCCCACCCUUCAGGAUAGCUUUGUUUUAGGGACCACCUGAACCAGAUGCCCUACACCACCAUGUGCAUCAAGGAGGCACUGCGACUCUAUCCGCCAGUUCUAGGUGUUGGCAGAGAGCUCAGCAAGCCCAUCACCUUCCCUGAUGGACGCUCCUUACCCAAAGGUUUCUUGGUGACGCUCUCCUUUUAUGCCCUUCACCACAACCCAAAGGUGUGGCCAAACCCAGAGGUGUUUGACCCUUCCCGGUUUGCACCAGGCUCCUCUCGACACAGCCAUGCUUUCCUGCCCUUCUCAGGAGGAUCAAGGUGA